AUGUACUUUUACGUAUGCGCGAGUAUGAGACGGUACUUGGGACAAAGCGCAAGGGGCGGCAUUGUGACUUGGGGGUGUCAGGACCACCUUCAAAGUGCCCCGAAAUGUGGCUCUCCCGGGAACCCUGUCUUGAGUAGCAGCCCCAAACACCAAACCCCAAGUUCGAUGGACCACAACAACAAAUUGAUGGACGGGGACCACGGGAUUAGCAGAGAAUUAUCGUUUUCUCGAAGGCUGCCCGCCCCUUCUGCCUCCCCCUCCCCAGACACAAUCCUCUCUGGGACCUCCCCUGAUCUCAGUGGUGGAAGAAGGUACCUUUCGAGUCGUCGUUUCCUUCUGCCCGGCACUGCAGCAAGUUUUUCGUUCUUCUUUUCUAGUCGAGAGAACCGCGCUCCGAAAUAUGGGAACACAUACCUAGUGAACAACGGGGUAAGUCAAAGAGACUGCCUGCCGUCUCGUCAUUGUCGUGGUCGUCGUACCUAUCGGCUGGCCCAGAUUUCUCAAUGGGAUCGCUGA